CUUAGUCUCAUCGAGUCCACCGUAACGUACGGUCGCUAUGAGUCAUAUAAACUUGGAAAACGCGCCUUCGACAGCUCUAAUGCUGCCUAAAGACGAAAAAGUUGUUGUUAUUCCCGCUCAAGGCGUGGGGAAGAUCUUGAUAAGGGAGGACACGAUAUUAGCUGGUCUCCAGGGCUGUGCCGGAUGUGGAAGGGCGCAGUUUUCGUGUGCUGGAGUCAAGAGUCAAUGGUCUGUGCUUUGUUGGGGCAGACAAUCUGAUAGGAAGUACUAUUUUUUGGUAACGCUGGUGUCGGCCAUAUUUGUUCUGAGUCUUAUCGGCACCAUUUUCUUUUGUUUCACAAACGCCAUCAAUGAUGCUAUAUUAUCUAACAUGGUGAUAAGGAACAACUCCUUGGCCUUCUCGAUAUGGAGACGACCCAACGUGCAGCCUCUGAUGAAGGUCCACCUGUUCAACUACACCAAUUGGCAGAGGGUCAGGGACGGCUUCGAAGAGAAGUUAACGGUGGAAGACGUCGGUCCUUAUGUGUAUGCACAACAGUUGGAGCGAGUGAACAUCAAGUUCGAAGAUGACCAGCUGAGCUUCCAGGAGAGGAACUACUUCAGGUACCUGCCUGAGAAGUCCACUGGAGCUCACUUCGAUCAGGUCAUCGUGCCAAACCUACCACUACUUGGCGUGGUGUCGAAAGCCAAGGACAUGAACCUGAACAAGUUCCAGGAGUUCUCCUUGCAGACUGCGCUCAACUUCGUGCAGAAUAAGGAGGCCUUCGUCAGACUGCCAGUUCACAGAUUCCUCUGGGGUUAUGAGGACACGAUAAUCGACUCCACAAAGCUGAUCCUCAGUCUACAAGGCAAGCUGAAAUUCAAGCAGUUUGGACUCCUGGCUACGAAAAACGACACAUUAUCGGACAGAAUGACCAUCAACACGGGAGAGGUAAACAAGGACAAAAUGAACCUGAUUGAGAAGGUGGAAGGGGAAGAUCACCUCAACUUCUGGGGAAGCCCUGAAUGCAACAGCAUAGAAGGGUCAGACGGCUCAAUCUUCCCGCCUUCCCAGCUGGACCGCAACAGGACCCUGCACGUCUUUAUGCCAAACCUAUGUAGACGAAUCCCCUACAUCUACGAGAAGGACAUUGAGGUGGACGGCAUCACCCUGCUCCGCUACCGCCUCCCCCUGGACGUGUUCGACGACCCCGGGCACAACCCCGGCAACCAGUGCUACUGCGAGAUAGACACGGCCACCUGUCCGCCCAGGGGAGUCAUCAACGUCACAGCCUGCACCAUGGGCGCACCAGCCAUGGUGUCGUUCCCCCACUUCUACCUGGGCGACCCGGCGCUCCGCGCGGAGAUCCUGGGCCUCCGCCCCGACCCCGCGCGGCACGACUCCUACCUCGACGUCCACCCCACCUUAGGCCUAUCACUUAACGGAAAAUCCAGCUUGCAAAUCAACUUCCAAGUGAGGAAAACUGGCAUGUUCACGUCUCUCGGUUUCCUGAAACAAGGCAUCAUCCUACCGGUUGCCUGGAUUGAAAUGAGCGUAGAUGAACUACCGGAGAGCCUUCGCUCGCUAAUCUACCACGGCACAUACUCGACGGCAGCCGUCCAACUCGGUCUAACAGUGACGUGCGUGGUCUCUCUGGUCGUGUCUGCUGUGUGUCUACUAAUGCUGCUGUUCGGGAGGCGACCAAAACCAUGCGCAACUCUAAAAGUACCCAUUGAAAAAACGCAACAGUUAUCGUAAUGUGUAAAUUGAAUAGGAUUUUUGAAAUUAUCCACCGAUUUAUAGGUGUAUACUUUUUACUUUUGAUCUGGAGUUUAUCUGUCACAGAAGUAGAUCAACAAAAAAAAAAUACGAGUCACAGAUAAUCUUUGGGUCAACAUUUUAGAGGAAAAGCGAAGAGCAGAAAUGGAGAUGUCCCAAUUAAUAUUAUAAAUGCGAAAGUCUGUUUUUCGAUCCCAUCGACAAUUUUCUGGAAAUUUCGCGUACACAAACAUUUUGAACAGAGGGGAUAGAGUACUUUCAUCCCGGAAAAACUACUUAUACGGCGAAGACGCGGGCAAAUACUAGUUAUUUAUUGUUUUAAUAUCAUAUCGUUCUUAUUGUAGACAUUUACAGAUGAGGUUUAGCUUAUAUUUUAGCUUAAAAUAUGUUUUUACUUUUUUAUGUAUAAAGGGCUUACCCCCUUACUGGACAAACUCCAUAAAAUGUGAUUUUAUUGAGUUUCAGUUGAGAAAGUCUAGAUCUGCAUAUUUUUUUACACUGUGCACGUCAUACUCAAAUAAAAUUGUACCUUACGAAUUUGUUGUAUAAAAUUCAAUUUUAUUUUGACAUUGUAGGUAAGUUGUCAUGAGAAACGUGCAAAAGCUUUUAUAUGUGAUGUGAAUCUAACAUUCCAGUAACAGUAAAAUAAGAUAAAAUAAGUACAUAAAAUUCCAGUGAAUAUAUAGAUUACAAAAAAAAUUGAAAUUGUACUUAGGUGUGUUAAUUUUACUAUAUAUAAAUCUUCCCAUAAAAGAAAUCUCACGACAUAUUGAGGAAUUAUCAGUAAAGGGCGAAGUGUUGACUUGCAUUUCACUACCGAGUCGAUUCGCAGUAAGACGCAGCUAACCAAUCACAGUGCGCGAUUGUGCCGCGAGCACAACUGCGAAUGAGACUCACUGCGAAUGGACUCGACGGUGAGAUGUACCUAAUAUAGCAAAGUCGCACUACGCACACAGAUCGGCCACGUUAUUUUGUCAACAGUUGUAAUUUUAGGAUUAAAAUGCGUUAAUCAAUCAUAAUGGCGCAACAAUAGUUUUACAAUAGACAGCGUUUUCAUUGAAACACAAACAUUGGAUAUAAUUAUUAUAUAACGUUUAGGGAAACUAUAAUAAGUACAUUAUUAUAUUUUUAUCUAGCUUAAAGUUAAGUAGGUACAUGUGUAAAUAAUGUGUAAAACUGCUAUCAAUAAAAUUUAGCAAAGAUGUAUUUUGAUACGGCCAUUGUAGUUGGUUUUCAAUGUUUUAACCAUGGAAUUAUUACCAUUAAUUAAUUCAAAUCAUUUAUUCAGAAAUUAGACCAUCACAGGCACUUUUUCACGUCAAUUUUUAUAUUAAAUCGGUAGUUAUUUCUCACAAGCUACAAACUACUGGCAUUUCGGAACGACCACUGCUAGAAGAAAUGUCGAAAGAAACUCAUUUGAACAGUGUUGGUCCCUAUCAUGCCAGAAGGGCUUACCAUUGUUUCUUACAAUUUUUUUUUCUAAUAAUAUAUCAAAGUACAUAACGUUAUCAUUAUAUUAUUAUUUGGUUACAACAAAACUUUGAACAACCAAAACGGCAUCCGCUCAGCAUAUGUCGUGGGCCUUUAAUUCGUACCAUGAAACUUACCAACACGUAGCACGUUACUGACAUCCACAUGCUGUCUCUUUUUCCCAUAUAGUGUAUGUAUCGUGUAAAAAGAGAGACGACGUGUUCUAUGUAUUUCAUUGCAUACGUAGCCAGUCAUUGCGUUCGUAAUUGUAAAUAUAGAAAGUAAGACACGAUUUUUUCAAUAUUUUAAUUGAUUAUAUUUUGUAAUAAAAUAACAGUAUACGUUGCGAUGCUCUCUCAAUACAUCUCUAAAAUGAAAAUCAUCAGAAAACCUUGUUGUCUCGGUGAAUAUGACGUUUAGGAAGUAUAAGUUUGGAAUGCAAGUAAGAUGGCAUACGUAUAAAUCCAAGAGGUUUUUGUAAAGCUCGAUACAAUAUUUUUCUCCCGUUAAUUUUACUCAUAUAAUUCUUGUAACUAAUGUUUUAACAUUUUGCACUACAACACACUACAAAAAUUCCCAUCGUGUUGAAAGGUUGGGGAAUAAAGUAGAAUUAUUUCAA